AUGAGUGUCAAUAACAGUGUACUGAGUCGCGUACUCUCCUUAAUAAGCCAGGUAUUCUGGAGGUAUGAAGACCACAGUCUUGCUUACACUUCAGCCGUGGUCCUGGACGAGCCCCCGUCUAACUUUGGCUACCUCUGCCAUCCCUUGGUUGAACAGAUAUCUAAGGAAGUCAAUAAUUACUUCCUCUUACACUGGCCAUUCCCUACCGAAAAGUCCCGUAAGAAGUUUGUUGCAGCAGGAUUCUCCCGAGUCACUUGUCUUUACUUUCCACUAGCGUUAGAUGACAGAAUUCAUUUCGCUUGUCGUUUGCUGACUAUUUUGUUUCUCACUGACGUAGAUCUACUUGAGUUCAUGUCAUUUGAUGAAGGCUCCGCCUAUAACGAAAAUCUGAUCUCUAUAGCUAAAGGAGAUAAACUACCUGACAGAACUAUCCCAGUUGAGUACAUAUUCUAUGACUUAUGGGAGAGCAUGCGGAACCACGAUCAUCAUAUGGCGAACGACAUCCUCGAGCCAGUCUUCACUUUUAUGAGGGCCCAGGUAGACCGGACUCGCGCAAAACACCUAAGCAUGGGCGAGUAUUAUGUCUACCGAGAGAAGGAUGUUGGUAAAGCCCUCCUCGGAGCCCUUAUGCGCUUCUCCAUGAAACUGCAAGUGACUAAAGAAGACCUCAAUAACGCCCGCCCGGCUGAUGACCUAUGCUCCAAGCAUUUAUCUAUUAUGAACGACAUUUGGUCCUUUGAGAAGGAGGUACUUGCUUCUAAAACUGCACACGAGGAAGGGGGAAUCCUUUGUAACUCCGUGCAAAUAUUGGCAGAAGAAGCAGACAUCAGUACCAACGCAGCGAAGAGGAUAUUGCUCAGGCUCUGCAGAGAGUGGGAACUACGUUUCAUCAGUGUUGUGACACAGAUCGGGGGCGAUCCCAAGAAGGGCAAUCCCGAGCUUAGAGCUUACAUGAAGGGACUAGAGUAUCAAAUGAGUGGUAAUGAGCAGUGGAGUAAGACCACUCAUAGAUAUCUUAAGCCUGAAUAG